UUUUCUUUAGACAAAAUUCUUAGAGAGAAGAAACAAAAACAUAAAACAAAUUCUGGGUCUGGUUUUUUACUGUAAGAUUUCUGGAUUUUGAACUUUUUUUUCUCCAUGGAUGGUUUUCAUGGGAGUUUAGAUCCUCGGGCACAAGAAUUCAUACCAAGAAUUACUUGUCAAUUUACCCUUGUUCAACCUCAUGUGUACUUUCCAUACCCUUCUUCUCAUCAUGUACCCUAUACACUGUAUUUUACACCACCAUCACCACCACUACAUGCACCCCCACCACCACCUCCACCUCCACCUCCACCAGCAACACAACCUCCACUUAUGGUGUUUCCGCCACCACCAACAACUUUUUCAGCAACACGUUCACUGUUAAUAAGUUUAGUACCACGGGAAGUUAAUGAAGAGGUUUUAAGAGGAGAAUUAGGAGUGUUUGGAGAAAUAAGAGGAGUUGAAAUGCAAAGACUAGUACUAGAAGGAAAUGUAAUCGUUCAUUUUUUCGAUGUUAGACAUGCUCAAUCGGCUUUGGGUGAGCUUCAAGGAAAACAUAUACAACUACAAAGUAAAUUAACACAAGGGCAACAUUAUCAACCAAACAACACAAUCAACCCAUUCUUCGUACCUUCUCCUUCAUGGGUCAUAGAGAAUAUGAGUACUAGUGUUGUUCAUCGUCAUGUUCUUCCUCACUAUCAACCUGGGCUUAUCGCUGGAAGAACAGUUUGGGCAGAAUUUACUUUACCAACUAUGAUUACAUCAUGUUUAGUAGAUGGACAUAACCAAGGAACUAUAGUGCUUUUCAAUUUGGUCAUCAGUGUUUCUACUGCUCAGCUUAAAGCAAUCUUUCAAGUUUUUGGUCCAAUUAAGGAAUUGAGGGAGACUCCAUCAAAAAGACAACAGAGGUUCAUAGAGUUUUUUGACAUCAGAGACGCUGCUAAAGCUUUAUAUGAAAUGAAUGGUAAAGAAAUCAAUGGUCAAACCGUUGUAAUUGAAUUCAGUCGUCCAGGAGGUACUAGAAGAAGGCUAGCAUCUAUGAAUUACUCAAUAAACAGUUUUUACUCUAGGCUUACGAAUUACCCACAAAUGCAACAUGAGUUGGGUAAAGAUUUUGAUUCUUGCAUUCCUAUGAACAACCAGAGAGAAAAAUCCGGAGGUGGAGGCUUAGAAGUUUCAAUGAGUACAUCACGAGUUGGUGGUGUUGACAAGAAUCAGAGGAAUUCUAGUGCUGCUAGUUCAUCAUCUAAGAAGGGUAAGAAAAUUAAAGAUAGUAGUGCAGGUACUACCAAACAGCAAGCGGGUAAUCAUAAGCGAUUACAACCAAGAAGUAAUACUAGUAGGCAAUGGAAAGGUAAACAGAGGACUUCAGAUGUUAAAUACUUGAUACAUGAUGAUGCUGUAGUAGAAUCAUCAUCAAGUUUCAUUAAAGAUGCAAGAACUACUGUAAUGAUCAAGAACAUACCAAACAAGUACAGUCAAAAGCUAGUGCUAAACAUGUUAGACAACCAUUGUAUUCGCUGCAAUGAGAAGACUUUUGCUGAGGGUGAUGAGAAUCAGCCGUUGUCUGCUUAUGAUUUUGUUUAUCUUCCGAUUGACUUCAAUAACAAAUGCAAUGUGGGAUACGGAUUUGUUAACUUGACAACUCCACAAGCAGCAUGUAGACUUUAUAAAGCUCUCCAUUUACAGCAAUGGGAAGUUUUUAAUUCCAGAAAAAUUUGUGAAGUUACUUAUGCUCGGUUGCAGGGUUUGGCAGAAUUGAAGGAACAUUUCAAUAACUCGAAAUUUGCUUGCCACAAGGAUGAUUAUCUACCGGUUAUCUUCUCUCCGCCUCGUGAUGGUAAACAACUUACGGAUCCAAUUGCUGUUGGUAAGGCGCAAGGUAAUAGCGCUAGCAGUGACAACGUUCCUGUAAAACAUAGGCUUCAAACUAGUCCUAGUCUUAGUCCUAGUGGAAAAGAGGUAAUGGUCAACAACUUGAAGGGUCGGGAUGAUAAACUGGAUGAGGAUGAUCACAUUAGUGGUGGUAGUGAUAGCUGCACUGGUAGUCUCAUAAAGAACUGCAACAGUAAUGAUGAUGAUGGCAGGAAGAAGAAUAUUGCUCUGGUGAUUAAUAAGGAAGAUGAAGUAAUUGUGUAUGACAAGAAAUGUAAUACUAGUAGUAAUGGCACCAAAUCUACCACCAGUUAUUGUGGAUCAUCAUCACUGGUAUCAGCAUUACCGAGUAGUAGCGCUGGGAAACCCAAUGGAUGCAUGUCGAGCUCUGUGUCUAGAGAGAAGCCCAAGGUAUUAAGUUGUGCACAAGUUAAUUAGACUAAAGUAACUUGUAUCUUAUCCAGUCCUCUCUCUCUCUGUAAUGUUUUAAUGUGUGUAAUAUAGGACUUUGUGUUUUCAAGAAAGAAAGAUACUCCACUAAAAUACGAAAAGAAGGAAAUGACCUUAACUUGCAAA